AUGCUUGUUUCUGGUGAUAAAUUGUUUCUGAGUCAUCUAAACAUUUCAACAAACACCUACCUUGCAGAUUUGCUCAGGUAUGACUCAUCAAAGGUGGAUCAAACCUUAGUAUAUAUUCCGACACUGGGAGUAGUAGAUGCUUACAGAAAUCUUGGCAUAGCUACAGCACUUAUCCAUGAGGUUAUGAAAUAUGCUUUGAGCAUCCCAGUUUGCCAUGCUGUUUACUUGCAUGUGAUUUCAUACAAUAAUCCAGCCAUUCAUUUAUACAAGAAGAUGUCAUUCAAGUGUGUGCGGAGAGUGCAUGGGUUUUACUCGAUCAAUUGUCAACAUUAUGAUUCAUAUUUGUUCGUUUACCACGUAAAUGGCAGUCGUUCUUGUUGCUCAUCAUUAGAGCUUGUCACAACUGUUAUUAGUUGCAUGAAGACUUGUCUGAAGUUUGUGGCUGCAAAGCUGAUGAAGAAUGAAGAGAAGAUGGUGAAAUGGCCUAAAUUUAAAGAAACUUGGGGUCUCGUAUCGACACAAAAUAAUAGAGUGAUUAAAACUGGGUGUUUAGGUUGCAAGUAUGUUUAAUAAGUGUUUGGCAUCUUCCAAGAGAAGAAAAAGAGCAGAGUUGUGUCAUCCAAAGAAAAAAGAAAUUCAAUGACUGAUAUAUACUCUCUUUCCCCCCUUCCAACAGAAAAGUGUUAUUUUGUAAUAGCUCUUGUAUUCGUAAAUAAAUGGUUAUUCAAAUGUGUA